CGCGAAAUGAUCGUUUGAGGUGCGCGCCUAAGAGCGAAAACUUCAGUCUGUGACCACGUGCUUUCGCGCGAAGCAGUGUGCCACGUGUCCGCGAUUCGAUUCGAGUUUCCGCGUCGUUGUUGUCCUCGACGUUGUCGUCAUCGUCGUUGUCGUUAUCGCCGCCGCGUGUUAAUUAGAAAAUCGAUCGCCUCUUUAAACGCCUCUCGUUGGUUGAACGAUCGCGCUCGUCUUCGUGCCCGAUAGUCCCGCGUGAUCAGCCCUUGCGGAACAUGUCGCUCGCGCUCAAGUACUUCAAGAAGACGCCGAUUUACGUGGUAGAGAGCCACGAUGAGGUUUUACCGUUUAUAUAUCGGUGUCUGGGCUCGAAACACCUGCCCUUUCAAGACAACACAUUCAUACAUCUGGAUUCGCAUCCCGAUAUGGUGAUACCGCCAGCGAUGCCGGCUGAUACAGUUUGGGAUAAAUUUCGAUUAUUCAGCGAACUCAGUAUCGAGAAUUGGAUCUUGCCUGCAGUGUACGCGGGUCACUUCAAGUACCUCAUCUGGGUGAAACCACCGUGGGCUAAUCAGAUGCUGGAUGGUGUGCAGACGUUCCUCAUCGGCAAGCACAAGGACAGCGGCUUGAUAAGAGUGACCAGCACUGAGCCGUACUUCCUGAGCGAAGGAGCGUAUUCGUCACCAGAUGAGCUUGAAAAUAUUCGCGAGGUCGUUCUACACGUGAUAACCAUCGGAGCUUUCAUCGAAGAUUCGUCACUGAAGGACGACUUCAACGCUGUCAGCUCGGUACUGCGCAAAUACCUUCCUGAAAAGGACACUCCUUACAUCUUGGACAUUGAUCUCGACUUCUUCAGCACCAGAAACCCGUUCAAGAAUCUUCAUGAGCGCGUGAACCUCUACGAAAAGUUGGCUCCCCUGUUUACGUACAAGCGACCGGAAUUGAACGAUCCCGAGAUCUGCUGGAGUUUGCGGCCACGCGAUAGCUGCGGUUACCGGGAUGCAGUUUCCACGGACACCGAUGCCGCACCGGAGGAUCCGGUUCGGGCCGAGCAGAGUCGGCUUGAAGAUCCGCAGCAGAACGCGGCUGACUCUGUCUGCGUAUCGGCCCUGAAAGAGUCGAUGACGCAGAGAAACGAACAGCUUGCAGAGUUGGGCAAUCUUUUCCGCCAUUUGCAGGAACAUCGCACUUUGCAAGGUUACGAGGGCGAGAAGACAUCACGAUACGAAGCCGUGGAACUAAUCUGCCGAGAAGUAAAGGCCGUCUACAAAGAUUCGGAGAUUGAUUGGCUGCUGGUAUACGACGCAGGUUGUACAAUCGACGACACAGCUUUGCCUGAGCAUGUGACGGAACCCAACGAUCUCGAUCGUUUGAUCGGUGGAACAUUCAAAUUAUUCUUGGCGGCUCUACCUACAGCUCCGACCAUUGUCACCGUCGCCAGAUCCAGCGAAGAUGAAUACUGCCCUCCCGAAAGCGUCGAACAAAUACAAUGUGCGGUUCUUGAUGAACUCCACUUACGUCUCGGGUCGGAAGUAGACGUUCAAUUUGCUUAUCAACAAGACGAAGAGCAACAAUGAAUGAAGAAAAUGUCUCCUUUCUUUUAAGAGAGUCCAAGGAAUUACAAUUUGUCAAAUAAAGGUACUCUUGUAGC